UGAUAACUGGGCACUUCACGCAUUGAAAACUUCUUUUGACCUUAUUUAAACUGUGUUGCUCCUGCCAGUCCCACAUAAACAUGGCUUCGUCGCCCUCAUUUUGCAGGUCUUUGGCCAUGGCGGCGACGCGGCUCGCACCCCGCUCUUAUCCUUCCAAAGCCUUGCGCGGCAAGACUACGCGUUCUUCCGUCAUGCGACCUCCUUCAUUACCCAGUGUUUGUAGGUUGAUGGGGUGCGCAGAGUCUUUGAUUCCCCUUCACAGUGCCAUUGCUUCUGCUUGCCUCAAAUCCAUGCUCUCCGUUAACUCCAAUUGUUGGAGUUUGCUCUCUCAAGAUCAUGGGGUUUUGGAGAAUUUGGUUGAGAAGUGAGACGAAUACAAGUUCCCUAUAAUGGAUAGGAUAAAAUGAAGGGCUGGCAUCAUAUGCAAGUAUUUGAACUAUAAUAUGUUACUUUAAGACACUAUAUUAUGUCUCUUUAAGUUGGAUGAAUACAAGUUCCCUAUGAUGGUUUUCUUUUUAUCUUUGCGAUUGACUUGAUGUUCAUUUGGCUUCCAUUGCUUAAUGCAUUCCGAUAAAUUUCCAUUGUAAAAAUGUCAUUUGCAUGACAAAACUCCAGCUUGAUUUUAAGAGUAAAGUAAUCAAGGUUAUCAUGUCUAGGUUUACCAAUGAUCCUAGAAACCAGGAAACCUGCUUUUGGGUCAUCAUCUCAAAUUCUCAAUUCAUUGACAAAAGCUACCUAUCUUAGUAGGUGAGGUCGAUUUAUUGAGAAUUAAGUUAUGGAAAUCUUAUCAAUUUCUGUUUUCAAAACUUUGGUUGUCAAACUUGGGUGUGUGUGGUUGCAAUUUUUGUGCCUGGCAACCAGUAUUUCAAAAAGCGUUAGGCGGCACCCAGGCGGCCAUGGGGGUCCAGGCCGCCCAAUGCCUAGGCGGGA